UCAGCGCUACUGUUUGCAGAUAAAAAAAUUGCACUAGUAGCAGUACCUGAAGCUCUAAAAAAUGAUGGGCUGUUCCGCUGUUGGCCUCCGCCUGGCCUAGUUUGCGUUUCCAUAUAUAGAAAAACCACAGCUCUCUAGACCAUCACCAGAGCAGACCAGACCAAGACCAGUGACUUCCCCUCACCUCUCAACUCUCAUCACCUCUCUCGUGUCGCCGUGCAAUCUCCGACAAGGCAGGGGCGUUUCAUUUCACUUCCUCCUCCUACAAAUAUCCACAUGGACGACGACUCCCCGUCUCCCGCGGCGGCGGCCGACCUGUCGCUGACGCUGGCGCCGGCGCCUCCCGCGCCGCCUCCAGCGGGCCCCGGGGGCGGAGGAGGAGGAGGUGUGGCGACGGCGUGCGUGGACGGCAAGGACGUGCGCCUGUUCCCGUGCCUCUUCUGCAACAAGAAGUUCCUCAAGUCGCAGGCGCUCGGGGGCCACCAGAACGCGCACAAGAAGGAGCGGAGCGUCGGCUGGAACCCCUACUUCUACAUGACCCCGCAGUCCACCAAUGCGGCGCCGCCGAGCCCCACCGCCCCGCAAACCUACGCCGGCGUCGGCGUCGGCUACGGCGUCGCGGGCGCUGCGUCUGCCGCGGCGAGCGGCAUCCUCCCCGCGUCGUACGCCGCGGGCCACGUGUACGCCCCCAUGCCGGCGCCGUUCCCCAUCGCCUCGCACAGCUCCAGCGGGCUACAGUACUACGCGCCCCACGAGGGAACAACAGCGGCGGCGGUGUCGGCGGGGACGGGGGCGGGGUUGCCGACGACGACCGCGACGGGCGAGGCCGGGUCCGGGUCCGGCGCGGGCGUCGUGCUUGCCCCGCGCGCGCGCUACGCCACGCACCAGCUGGCGGCCGAGCAGCCCGGGGGCGCCGGCCGCGACGACCUGAUCGACAUGCUCAACUGGAGGAGGGGCUGCCACGGCACCACGGCGUCGGCUGCCGCCACCACCGCGUCGCCCGCCAGCACCACCACGACGCUCACCACCUCCUGCGCCGGCGGCGCCGGCAACGGCGACGGCGGCAGCAGCAACAACGACGACGACGGUGGCGAGCUCGACCUCAACCUCAGCCUCUAGCAGUCCGUUCCGUCGUCAUCGUCGUCUACCUACGCCAAGGUUAUUCUUAAUCAUGUGCCGCCGGCCUAUCCGUACGCUACGCGUGUCACUUAAUUAGCUCUUAGUAGCCACGUUAAUUACUCUCCCUCUCUUCCUCUCUCUCCUCCCUUGUAUGCCGUCAUGUUUUUAGUACGUCUCGUCAUCUAUUCUCCAGUGUCUUUUGCCAUGGCCGCCUGAUGAAUUGUUGUUGUUCAUCAUGUUUUUUUUUUCUCGAGGAUUUGUUUGUCCGCUUGAUCCUCGUUGCGGCCUCCGGUUGUUUGUUGGGGGUUCGCCAUUCCCUCGCGUCCGGUUGUAUUGGGACUGCUGUCUGGCUGUCUGCUGCUGGUCCGGCGCGCGGCAGCAAUCAGCCCACCAGUGGCAAGAACAACAAUGCCCGCGCCGCGCCACGGCGUCGCUGUUGAGCUGCUCAUGUCAAUGUUACGCCACGUUUUCUGUGCCGGUGCAGUCCGUUC